AAAAAGGAAGAGGUAAAAAAACUGGUAACAGCCCUCGCUACCACAGAGAAGAAGAUGCACAACGUCAGGGAGUGUCUCAUCGGGAUAUUCAACGGGUUCCACAAGGAUCAGUCCUUGUACGACAAUGACCGGUUCAAAGCCCACCUAGACUUCCCUCAGGAAUCAGUAGCGACCUUACGCCAGUUCUACGAGGAGAGGAGAGAGAAACGCAAGAACAAGGUCGAUCUCAGCAUGGACUUGGAUGUGUCUGACAACAUCUCGCUUACUGACCCAAUAGACGCUACUAGCCCAAAAUUCGUUGAUGAAUUGAAGAUAUAUUUGAAGAAAUUUAAUUUGGAAAAUAAUAGGAAACUGGUAUUAGAAAGCGGCCAAAAAAUCUGGGUGUUCGAAUCAGUCCAAUCAGCAAUUGACAGAUUCCACAACAGAUGUCAAAACGGUGAAGUGUCUUGUGCCCUGCUCAGUCCUUCAGUUAUUCUGUCUUACAACCUACAAGCGUUGGUAGAAAUUGUGCAAAACGGAGCUACUUUGAGGGCUAUGUUGGAUGCUGUUCAAAGUGAAGUGAACAACAGAAACGUCAAUAUAGACAUAAGCCUAAAGUCGAAAGAAGAGGCGAUCAUCGACAAAAUAAAGAAGCGUCUCAACGAGAAUCUGCUAAGUUUGCAAAAAUCAAGCAAGACUUUGGAAUUGGGGCAAGAAAACCUCAAAUUUUGGUCUAGCAAUGAGAUGAGAAAGUACAUUUCGCCCAACAGAACCGUGGAUGGGAAGUCUUAUAAAGAUUACGAAACUAUUUAUCUAUCUAUUUAAUUCAAGUCUUUUAACAUGAUUCAAAACUUUAAAAAAAAUUAUGCCACAAGUGGGAUUCGAACCCGCGACCUUUCGCUUGCCUGGGUACUGUUCUUAUGUACUGAGAGCAAAAAAUUCACGCGUAUUUGCUUUGAAAAACAACGUCUUAUGUACCUGAUGCAGUUGUUUUUCUUCAAGUUUUUAAUUAUGUUUAAUAUUUAGCAUUAGAAAUGUAAAAAUCCUAAUUAAUCCUAUCUUAUUAUUAUUUGUAUUGUUAGUCACCAUCUUUUGGUCUAUUGAUUUAAUUAAAAAUAUUUUCUAAUCGA